AUGCUGACUGCAACUGGGAAGAAGGGCAAGGCCCCACAGGCUGAGCUGGCGGAUGACUUGCAGACCAACAGGGCGGUGCCCCUGUGUCGCUCUACGCGAGCUCGCCCUGCUGUAGCUGCCCCAGCUGCGCGCAAGAUGGCAAAGGCGAGUGUGGCGGGUGCGCCUGUGGCGCCCGCCACAAUCGCGGUGGCUCCUGCCCCGGCAGCGCCAGAGGUGGCCCCUCUGCAGCCCUCGGCGAUGCCGCGCGCGUCUGUCAAAAGUGGUCGGGCCUCCUCAGACCCCCCCUCCCCCCCCACCCCUGGUGCGCUAUUUUUAGUUCUGGACCCCCUUGCCCCAGUCGCUAUCCUAUACGCAGGAAGACUGAGGUCUUGCGCUCUCUGGGCUUAUUUAGGUUAUGAGCCCCGCGCUCUAGCUGCCCCAACCAGCCAGUUCCACACCCCGACUCAAACUCGCCGCUGUGCGCGCGUACCAGCUGCGAUUCCCUCCGCUCGAGCGGCAUUCGACGCGCAAGACCCUCCUCUACCUUGUGCCCGAGCCGCGCUCCGCGAAAAUCGCCAGUACCGCCGCUAUCGCCGUGCGAAGUCCAGCACCUCCGAUCACCGCAAAUUUACACCCUCCCUCAUAUUCGCCGUCGCGCACGCAGUUCGCGUCCGUUCCUCUCCAAACAACUUCUAG